AUGGUCACAGGUAAUUCAGUACCUGACGGACAACUCAAGAUUGAGAGUGUCGACAAAGCAGCAUUCACAGCUGGAUUUAACACGAACCUUUCUAAUGGCGACCAUGAUAUUGAUACAACCCAACCAUUUAAGAACCCAGACUUGCGAAAGCUCAAAGAUGAUUCCAUAACAUCAAAGCUCGACCUAACAAAUUCAAUCAAGGCGUUUGGAGAGGCAGAAAAACCAGCUAAACACAUAAGUGAUGAGAAGACAACCAAUAACAUUUCCUUUCAUGAUGGUCGUACGUCCUCUCCAAAUGGCAACCGAGAUACGGCCACAGGGAAAGAUGCUGAUCAAACAUCUUCUCCAAAUGGUACACAAGAUCGGGACACAGAAAAGAAAACUGAUCACAUGUCCUCUCCAAAAGGCAAACUAGAGGGGGACACGGGAAAAGAAGCUGAUAACAGGUCCUCGGCAACUGACAAACCAGACAGUGACAAGGGAAAAGAAGCUGAUAACAGGUCCUCGCCCACUGACAAACCAGAUAGUGACAAGAGAAAAGAAGCUGAUAACAGGUACCCGCCCACUGACAAACCAGAUAGUGACAAGAGUAAAGAAGCCGAUAACAGGUCCCCGCCCACUGACAAACCAGAUAGUGAAAAGGGAAAAGAAUCUGAUAACAGGUCCCCGCCCACUGACAAAUCAGAUAGUGAAAAGGGAAAAGAAGCUGACAACAGGUCCUCGUCCACUGACAAACCAGAUAGUGACACAGGAAAGGAAGCUGAUUACAAAUUUUCUGCAAUCGACAAACUAGAUAGGGACACGGGAAAGGAAGCUGAUAACAGGUCCUCUCCAACUGACAAACCAUAUGGGGACGCCGGAAAGGGGGCUGAUAACACAUCCUCCUCAACUGACAAACUAAAUAGGGACACAGGAAAUAGAGCUGAUCACACAUCCUCUCCAUCUGAUCAUCUCAAGCAACACCCAGGAACCAAAGAUGAUUUCAUAAACCACAUGGGAAGGGUUGCUGAUCAGAUGACUUCAACAAAUGGCAAUGUCCAGGAAAUACGUGGAAAUACACCAUCAAUCAUAAGAGCUAAAGAUGAAGAAUCGACACAGAGAGGAGGGCAUGGUGUAGGUUUCAACACUUCCUUCUUCUUCUGGGGUGACAUCAAAAACUGCUUCCACUGUGAUCGCAGUACUAUCUUGCACAACCUGCAAGAUCUCAGUAUACAGAUUUGGAUGCCAUCCCUCGAGAUGUUGGCGUCGAUGCGCUGCUGA